UGGCGAGACCUGAUCCAAUGGCCGCUUGAUACAGUGGUGUCGUUCGGGAAACGCAGCCCUAACGUUGUUCCUAAGCGGACAAGUUGGUCUGUGGACGCCAAACUUCCGCGCUAGGACUUUCUGCGUGUGGACCGGGGGCCUAGUCCUGCGUGGGUCCAACACAGACAGGAGAAAGCUGCCUGCUUUUGUGCCUCCCGGAGGUCCUGGUGGAAGCGAAACGGGGGCAGGAGCUGCAGUGUCCCAAGCCCAGUGAGGCGAAGCUACUGGAGACAGCUCCGCCGGGUCCAAAGUUGGGCUCAGCGGCUGGAACUUGAAACCCGGGCACGCCAGACUCCUGCUGAAGCCAUCAUCUCUUUCUCCUGGCCCCGGGCGCCUUGGCCAGCGGGCACAACUGGUUUCGGGGCCAAGGUGGUCUGGGAGCCUGACGGUGGCGUCUGGCCUGGGCUCCCGCGAGCGGAAAGAGUUCCCCUCCUGUGAGAGGGAAACUAUGGAAGGUCCUACGCCUGGAGCCAGAACUCCUGCUGCUCCCGCCCGACCUGCUGCUCCCGCCCCACCCAAGGUCUAGCCUGGCGGCCUCCCACCUGUGCUUCUGAGGGUUCUGCUUCCAAGAGGCUGCUGGUGCCCGGGACACCCGCAGGCGGCUCUUAGAACUUCGCCAUGGGUGACUUUGGCCUGAGAUGCGCUCCAUGGAGCAGAUUCUGGAGUUGCUGGUGCUGGAGGAGUUCCUGACUGUCCUGUCCCAGGACAUCCGCAGCAGGGUGCAGAAGCUGCAACAGGCGAGCUGUGAAGAAGCUGUAACUCUUUUAAAGUAUAUGUAUGACUUUUAAAAGAGACAGCUUGUGAAACCGAGGGAAUAGUUAUUGAGAAAAAAAGCAUUUUCAAGGUCAAGAGGUACAUACUAGGUUCCAGGAAAUGUGUUAAUUUGCUCAAGAAAUGAAACCACAUCUGGAACAGCAGCUGCAAUUGGAGUCAUCACCUGGCUUAGUUUACAAUGACCCACUGCCAUCUUCCAAGAUCCAUCUGCCUUCUGCAUAGGCCAAACAGGUCCACAGAACUCGACCCUGGAAGAGAGAGUCGGGGUCAGGUCUUCGGGAGGUGGAGGGAUCGAAUGAGGGAACUGAUAUUCCAAGACUCCCCACAUCUUGGAGCUUCACUCGUCAGGCAUCCCGCGCUUUCCUGACAUCGCUUCCCCUAGUGGUGCAGCAGCGGAGAGCUUUGCUACCCAGAGCAGCAGGGAGGCGUGGCCACAGAGGCAGAGGCGUAGUCAAGCCGAGGAAGAGGAAAGUGGCCUCCGGGGAAGCCAGAGCUGACUGAAGUGCUCUUGGGAAGAACAAUUCAUUGAUUUGGUACCAAACCUGAUGCACCCUGAUUUGUCAAAGGUGGUACCAGGUGGGUGUCAGUGUCACAUACAAGAGUAAAACUGUUCCUAGAGCAAAUGACGAUGAGAGAGCUGAACGCGGAUUCAUGCUCAAGUCCCCAGAUGGGGGCUAGGUGGGAGACUAGUGGGUCUGUGAAAGAGAACUCCAGUCAGAGUAAGAAAUACAGCACAAAAAUAGAGAAUCUUGGUCCUGAGAGCGCUUGCAGGCACUUCUGGAGCUUCCGUUAUCAUGAAGCAACUGGACCGCUUGAGACUAUCAGCCAACUUCAGAAAUUAUGCCAUCAGUGGCUGAGGCCAGAGAUCCACUCAAAAGAGCAGAUCUUGGACAUGCUGGUGUUAGAGCAGUUCCUGAGCAUUCUGCCCAAGGAGACCCAGAACUGGGUGCAGAAGCAUCAUCCACAGAAUGUCAAACAGGCUCUGGUCCUGGUGGAAUUCUUGCAGAGGGAGCCUGAUGGAACAAAGAAUGAGGUCACAGCCCAUGAGCUGGGAAAGGAGGCAGUGCUCUUGGGAGGAACAGCAGUGGCCCCAGGCUUCAAGUGGAAGCCAGCAGAGCCCCAACCAAUGGGUGUGUUCCAGAAAGAAUAUUGGAAUACAUACCGGGUACUACAAGAACAGCUGGGCUGGAACACUCACAAAGAAACCCAGCCUGUAUAUGAAAGAGCUGUUCAUGAUCAACAGAUGUUAGCCCUUUCUGAGCAGAAAAGAACCAAACACUGGAAGAUGGCAUCUAAACUCAUCCUGCCUGAGUCCCUGAGUUUGUUGACAUUUGAAGAUGUAGCUGUGUAUUUUUCUGAGGAAGAAUGGCAAUUAUUGAAUCCUCUUGAGAAGACUCUCUACAAUGAUGUAAUGCAGGAUAUCUAUGAGACUGUCAUCUCUCUAGGGUUAAAGCUAAAAAAUGACACUGGAAAUGAUCAUCCUAUAUCUGUUUCUACAUCAGAAAUACAAACAUCAGGAUGCAAAGUAUCAAAAAAGACCAGAAUGAAAAUUGCCCAGAAAACAAUGGGCAGGGAAAAUCCUGGUGAUACACACAGUGUACAGAAGUGGCAUCGAGCUUUUCCAAGGAAGAAAAGAAAGAAAAUUGCAACUUGUAAACAAGAGCUUCCAAAACUUAUGGAUCUUCAUGGGAAAGGCCUCACAGGGGAGAAACCUUUUAAGUGUCAGGAAUGUGGGAAAAGCUUCAGAGUUAGCUCUGAUCUUAUUAAACACCAGAGAAUUCACACUGGAGAGAAGCCCUAUACAUGUCAACAAUGUGACAGGAGGUUUAGAUGGAGUUCAGAUCUUAAUAAGCACUUCAUGACCCAUCAAGGAAUAAAACCAUAUAGAUGCUCAUGGUGUGGGAAAAGCUUUAGUCAUAACACAAAUCUACACACACACCAAAGAAUUCACACAGGAGAGAAGCCCUUUAAAUGUGAUGAAUGUGGAAAAAGAUUCAUUCAGAACUCCCACCUUAUUAAACACCAGAGAACUCACACAGGCGAGCAGCCUUAUACGUGUAGCUUAUGCAAGAGAAACUUUAGUAGGCGAUCAAGCCUUCUUAGACACCAGAAACUCCACAGAAGAAGGGAAGCAUGUCUAGUGUCUCCAAACUGAGGAAAGUUACCAUGUAGAGCUUGACCUUAGAAGUGGUGAAAGAAUACAAAAUUAUGAGUCACCCAAUGAUAGGAAUCUGUCAUUAAUAAAACAUUUGGGAAGGGUACAUGUUACACGUCACAAAAAGGAAUCUAAGCUGUCUGUCUUAUUCAGCAUUGCAUCUUCUGUGCCUAGCACAAGAGUUGAUACAUAAGGAGUAUUUUAUAAAUAAAAAAAUGAAAGUGUAGUGAUGAGAUUCCUUUAGUUAUCUAUCUAUAUGUAUAUAUCUGGUUAUUCAAAGCUUCCCCACCCCCAGUCAUCUAAAUUUUUCAGGUAUCAAGUGCUCAACAGACAUAUGAUAGUCAAGGCUCUUAGUCUCAUUCUUUAUUCUUUGUCAAAAGAAAUGGAAAAUAAGAGUACUUGGGCCCUCUUAAGGGAGCUCGGAGAGAAUUACUAAAUUAGGGACAGUUUCAAUAGUUAUCAUUCUAUUUACAUGAACAAUCAAGGCCAGGACUCAGGGAAUUUUACUCUGUAACAGAAAGAGAGGAUUCAAUGUUUGCCCUGGGAGAAUUGUCCCAUUCUCGUUGCUUCUCUCCUGAGUACCCACUACCACAAUGUCUUCUGUCAAAGAAUUACAAGUAGCAAGGGAAUGUCUGAAUGUAAGGACAGACCUAGGGACCUUGCAAGCACUUGAUAUCUCUCCUCUUGCUGACUUUGUCAGCAUAGACAUAUAAUGAAAUGAUGAGGGAGGCAGUGUUGGCCCUCAUCCAGGUUUCUGUUUUUUUUUUGUAGAAAGCACAGAUAAGUGGUGAAUGGUCUUUUUCUGACUUUCAUUAUGUGGACUGGAUGGAGGCUUUCAAACUGGUGCCAUACUGCUUCAGGACCUAAAGGGAGCCCCAUCUUUAUGGCCGAUCAACUACAACCCUAUAUGCCUGAAUACUCUGCAAGAAGGCCUGGAGAUUUUGCAAAACUGAUUUAUUGAGAAUGGCAAGGAGAGCCUCGUGAACUUUUAGCUUUGGUGCACAGCUGAUACCAGGAGGGAACAUCCUGAAGUGUCAGAGCAAAGUAAAGUAUAUGGCUCAGAGUGAUGAUGCCAUUCAUAGCCAGGCCAGAUGAAAAUUGUUUUCUGUUGUUACUGGUUUUCUUUUCCCUAUUAGCCAAAGUGACUAUCUCUUAAGAGAAGAUAAUGUGAUGUCAAGGGAAGUUGGAAGGCAUGGAUUUAUAUCUGUGUCAGAUCCUGGUUUAUAAUGUUGGCCAAGGCUUAUUUAUAUAUGUUUAUUUAGUAUUCCAUAAAAUUGUACUUUGUAAUGAAAAUGACAUGUUUUAUGUUAAAUUUAGACAAUAAACAAAACUUUGUUACCAAAUCA